GGGUGCCAAGCUCUGAUGCUUCAGAUUGCUCAGAGUUUGUGGAGGUUGAUCCCAGUGGAAGAUACGGCAGGUACAAUGAGAUCCUUGGCAAAGGAGCUUCAAAAACUGUUUAUAGGGCUUUUGAUGAGUAUGAGGGGAUUGAGGUGGCUUGGAACCAGGUGAAGCUCUAUGACUUCCUCCAGAGCCCAGAUGACCUUGAGAGGCUGUAUUGUGAGAUCCACCUGCUCAAAACCCUCAAGCACAAGAACAUCAUGAAGUUCUACGUCUCUUGGGUGGACAUCUCCAACAGGAACAUCAACUUUGUUACUGAGAUGUUCACCUCUGGCACACUCAAACAGUAUAGGCAGAAACACAGAAGGGUGAACAUUAGGGCAGUGAAGCAUUGGUGUAGGCAGAUCUUGAAGGGUUUGCUUUACCUUCACAGUCAUGACCCACCAGUCAUCCAUAGAGACCUCAAAUGUGACAACAUCUUCAUUAAUGGCAACCAAGGUGAGGUCAAGAUUGGUGACCUUGGUCUCGCCGCCAUUCUCCGCAAAUCUCAUGCUGCACAUUGUGUAGGCACACCAGAAUUCAUGGCUCCGGAGGUUUACCAGGAGGAGUAUAAUGAAUUGGUGGACAUCUACUCUUUUGGUAUGUGUGUUUUGGAGAUGGUUACCUUUGAGUAUCCUUAUAGUGAAUGCACUCAUCCUGCUCAGAUCUACAAGAAAGUGAUUUCUGUAAGACCUGAAGCUUUGUAUAAAGUCAAAGAUCCCGAGGUCCGGAAAUUUGUUGAGAAAUGCUUGGCUUCAGCUUCUGAAAGGCUAUCUGCCAAGGAGCUGCUGAAGGACCCUUUCCUCCAAAUAAAUGAUCAAGUUUCAGAUAAUUUGGAUGUAGAGUAUAUGGACUUGGGACAUAUUGCCCAGCAGCCUCAGUUUGGUAAUGUCCCAACAAUCGACAAUGGAUUCCAUGAUGAUUUCCAUCUUGUCUCUGAAGCUCAAGAAAAUGGGUGGGAUUAUCCUGAUGAAACCGACAUUGAAGCCCAUGGAUUUGACUUGUUUGAUAGCCACGAGGAUGACCAAGUUGCCAAUGUGGAUAUAACAAUCAUGGGGAAAAGGAGAGAUGACGGUGGCAUCUUUUUGAGGCUCAGAAUCACGGAUAAACCAGGCCGGGUACGAAAUAUUUACUUCCCGUUUGAUGUUGAAGCUGAUACUGCUUUGAGUGUUGCAACGGAAAUGGUUGCGGAGUUGGAUAUCACCGAUUAUGAUGUGACUAGAAUUGCGGAGAUGAUAGAUGGUGAAGUUUCUUCGCUGGUACCUGACUGGAAGCCCGGACCUGGUAUGGAAGAAAUGGCAAGAUGCCAAACUACCACAUCAAUCUGUCAGAAUUGUGCAUCCAAUGUUUCAUCAUGUGGUUCACUUCUUGAUUACCUUUCGGCUAGAAAUCCAGAUAGCACUAACUUGCAGUCUACUCGAUGCUCCCGUCUUGGUUGUGCCUCUAUGCAUGGUCGUUUCGGAGAGUUCACAUACCAAUCUGAGGAACCCAAGCAGUGUUCAACUGAGGAAAUUCCGGUUGUCCCAGCUAGCCAAUCCGAAGGCCUUGACUUGAGCUCACAAGGGUCAAGAGAUAUCCACUCUGAUGAAGAUGAUGAUUUAAACCAGUCAUCAACGAAUGAGAGGCUGAUACAUACAAAUGAUGAAUUGGGAUAUCAAUGUACCACAACCUCUACUUCUGAUGAUUAUGAGAAUGAAAUCUUUCAAGAAUUGAGAUGGCUUACGGCUAAUCAUCAGAGGGCGCUUAGAGAUUAUAAACGACUGCAAUUGGGAGGAAGCCAAACAUUGAAUUCAACCCCGGACUUGAGCAACAGAAUGGAAAAUGGAGUUACAGCUUUAGCAUUUUGUACUCCACCUCAUGAAAAGUCUAUGAAGCCUAUGAAGUCUUUUCAUCUUGGUGGUAAAUUUUCCUUUCCUAUACCGUCAUUUUGUCCUCCAGAGGAGAAGAAAUCUGUUAAUAACAAUGAUUGUUGUGGGAGUAGCCACCCCGACUAUGAUGCCCGAAGGGCUCAUGCUUGCGAGGUGGAUUCUUUUGACGACAGCAAGAGGUUACACACGGCACAGAAUUUCUACACUGGUGUUUUGCGGAACUCUCUUCUCCGAACCAGGUCUCUUCCAGUUGAUGCUGUGGAUGGUUAAAAGUUAAAAUCCAACAUGUCUUUCCAAUGAAAAUGUGCAUUUUUGGGUCUCUGAUAUGAAUGUUCACAGAAGUUCGUGUUCAUGUUCUCUUGAGACCCAUCUUGAUGUAUUUUACCCAGUUAAUUGGGUUCAUUGCUUCAAAUUGAUUUCGUACGUUCAACAAAAACAAUAUUCAUGUAAUGCAAAGCGUUUACAAGAUGAAUUGAUGUCGAUCUCAAGCA